AUGGACAACAUCAGAACAGCGGGUAUUGUGAUUAUUGGUGAUGAAGUCUUGUCCAGCAAGACAGUCGAUACCAACAGCGCCUUCUUUGCCAAGUACUGUUUCGAGCUUGGUGUUGAGCUCAAGCGGAUUGAGAUCAUUGCAGAUGAUGAAGCCGAGAUUGUCGAAGCAGUGACGCGCAUGUCGAGCAAGUACGAUUUUGUCGUGACGUCCGGUGGUAUAGGGCCGACACACGACGAUAUCACCUACCCUUCCAUUGCAAAGGCCUUUGGCAAUGACCUUGUAUAUCAUGAUACAACGCUAGAACGGAUGAAGAAGCUCAGCACUCGGGCCAUUAAUUGGGAUCAGCCAAGUGAUCACCCAGAAGUCAUCGCACGCAAACGCAUGGCACUCUUCCCGACACCCAGCGAGGUUGUCUUUCCCAGUGAAAAACUCUGGGUCCCCAUCGUCAUUGCUGGCGGCAAUGUCCAUAUCCUGCCUGGCAUCCCAAGACUAUUUACAGGACUCUUGAGCGAGUACCGCUCGCAUAUUGUCGACAAGAUUGACCCAGCAAUGAAGCAGACACGUAUCCUGGUCGCAACACAAAUGCCAGAGUCGGCCAUCUCUCAGUUCUUGGGAGACCUACAGAAGCGUGUCGACGACAAAGGAGUCAAGAUCGGCAGCUACCCCAAGGGCAUUGGCAUGGGCGUGAUGGUCUCCCUUUUGGGCCGUGAUGUACCGUUCCUUGAGUCUCUCGUGCCAGAGGUUGAGAAAGAGCUCGAUGGCAAGCGCGUU